UACAUGUCAGCACCACUACAACGUAGACAGCGAACAGAGUGAGGAAAUCCAUGCGGCUUCAGAGAGACGAGACAACAGGUGUCUAUGGUACAAACUCACCCGGAACACUGCUCCACACAAUGCAGCAAGGCAUCACAAGACACCUGUUGGAUCUAGUUGCCGACAAUGCCCAACACUCAUAUUACAGCUCGCAGUGCUGGAAAGGGGAACAUUACUCUGGUGCUUUGCAUGGACAUCUAUGGAAGCUGUAUAAAAAGUCUUUAGCAUGCCGUCGUCCAACCAGGGCUGGCCUGAGGAGUUUGGCUUCCAGCUGGGUGGCAGUGGACCCAGCUACAUCCUGUCCGUGGAGGAGGGCAGCAGCGCCCACCUGGCGGGGUUGCAGGCUGGGGACCAAGUCCUGGAGAUCGAGGGCCACAAUGUGUCGACGCUGGGUCCCCAAGCUGUCGUCGCCAUCGCCCAGACUCAGAAGAACAUCCCUCCCAGCAUCGGAGUGGUGUCCCGAGUACAGCAGAUGGACAUCGUACCAGGUCCGGACGGUCGUUUUGGGUUCACCAUCGUGGGAGACUGCCCCCUGCUGGUGGAGGACUGCUCGCCUUGCUCUCCAGCUGGCCGCGCAGGUCUGAGGGCCGGGGAUUACGUCAUGGAGGUCAAUGGCAUCCCCGUCAGGCAGCACGAGACGGCCGCGGCGCUGAUCAAAGCCUCACAGGGUAGGACGCUCCGUCUGGGGGUGCUGUGUCUCGGCCUGAGACAGAAACGCAGCAUCAGCAUAGAGGACAGUCAGAUGGGAGGAGAGGGGGCGAGACUGGACCGUAAACAUAAAGCUCUGGAAUUCAACAGAAGGAUUGACCAGAUUUUAGGGGACGAACCCGAAGUGAAAGAGAAACUCUUCACUGUGCUGAAGCAGUAUGCAGCCGAGAAGAGGGUCGAGUGGUUGGCCUCGGUCCUGCCCGAAAUACUCACCACUGAUGAGCACCGGCAGCUCAUCUCCAGCAUCAGAAUCUUCAUUCCCAAGAAGCACCGGCAGCGCUUUGACGAGGCCGUGUCCCAGAACGUGAUCAACCGGCUGUGUCGCAGCAAGAGCAUCAGCGAGUCCCAUGGCAGAAUCCGGCGCAGUCGGAGCGAGGAUCACUCCGAGCGCCACCACGGGUCCAAAAGGGCCAGCUCGGUGCCCCGAGAUGGAGAACCUGGGGGGAGGGGGGAGGGGGAGAGAGACAGGGGCUUAAGGAAGUCCGUCUCUGGAAUACCCGCGCAUCCCCCCAUCGGACCCAAUCAGAGGAUAAUUCGUGUCUACCGAGGGAAGAAGAACUUUGGCUUCACGCUUCGAGGUCACGCCCCCGUCUGCAUCGACUCGGUUAUCCCAGAUAGCCCUGCUGAGGAGUGUGGACUGAAAACAGGCGACCGCAUCCUCUUUCUCAAUGGACUGGACAUGAGGAACUGUUCCCAUGAGAAGGUGGUGUCCAUGCUGCAGGGCAGCGGGGCAAUGCCCACUCUGGUGGUGGAGGAGGGUCCGUCUGAGUACUCCUCAGACCAAACCGACCCGGAAGAGUCUCCAAGCCUGGCCCCCACAACGUUACCGCGCUCCAGGUCUCCAGCCCUCAGUUCUCUGCAGUGGGUGGCGGAGAUUCUUCCGCCAAGCAUCAAAGUCCACGGCCGGACCUUCAGCCAGCAGCUGGAGCACCUGCUCACCAUCCAGGAGAGGUACACUGUCUGCAAGGCUCUGGAGACCUUCUUCCAGCACAGGAAUGUGGACACUCUGAUAGUAGAUGUGUUCCCGGUGUUGGACACUCCGGCCAAACAGUUGAUCUGGCAGUUCAUCUCCCAGCUACUGACGUACGAUGAACAGGAGCGCUGCCAAGGCAAGCUGUCACGCUUCCUGGGUUUCAAGAGCACUGUCGCGUUGGAGCCUGACGUAGGCCCCGAGCACCACCGGCGGAGCAGCUCCAUGCGUGUGACGGGGUCGUCCUAUCGCGGCAUCGUCCGAGAGAGGAGCUCUGACGACUGCAUCAUCGGGACUCACCUGGGAAUGGGAAUUCAUGUGGAUGAAUCCGGGAGCCCGGAGGAAAGGCAGUCGGGAGAUGGAACCUCCUUCCCCGAGUCUCCUGACCUUAAUCAUAUGACAGGGGUGUACACGGAGCUGGAGAACGUGUACGUGGGGAAGAGUGUGUCACCACUGCGGGGGGGCUCCUCAGCAGAGCCCGAGAGGCCGGGACAGACUGAGGCCUACGGGCGCUCUCUCUCCCCCCUCACACUCCCCCCUCUAUCAGGUAGCCGAAAAUCCGGCCUCUCCCUGUCUUGGAAAGAGCCUCUCCCCACUCCUGUGUAUGAGAUCCACCACCAGAGCAGUGUGGACUCCAACCCCUACGUCAGCCUGGAAAGCCCCCCCGCCUCUCCUCAGCCCUCGGAUGGCCCCAACACUCUGACCCGCCGCAAGAAGCUGUUCACCUUUUCCCGCCCGCCUCGCAGCCGGGACACAGACAAGUUCCUGGACUCUCUGAGCGAGCAGUUGGGCCACCGGGUCACUCUGGUGGAUGACUUUGUACACGGAGAGAAUGACUAUGAGGAGGUGAGGAAGACGUGCCUCCAGUAUACUGCAUCCUCAGCUAUAUAUCAAGGUGGUUGUCAUGGUUUCAGAAGAAGAGGGAUGCCUAUGAGUUUCCAAGAGGAGCAGGACAUGAGCUUCAUGCCCCGGCGCCUCAGCAGUGGCAGCAGUGAUCACAGUAGCAGCGAUGAGGCCUCCUCUCCCUGCUACUCCUCAGGAUCGGAACUCAUCCCUCCACCUCCCACCCAGAGCCCCCCGCCUCCCCCACCUUUCCAGGCUAUGAUACCACCCCCUGUUCAAUUCACUGACCCUGUGCCACCAGUCCGCUUCUCCCCUGAGCACGUCCCCCGCAGCCGAAUGCCCUUCCAGCCGCAGCACCCCAUCAUCCCUCCUCCGCCGCCCCCUCUGAGGACCCUCCUGUCCAACCGCUCUCCUCUACACAAUGUGCUCCCCACCAGAGAAGAAGCAGAGAAAACUCAUCAGCGCUUCCAGACAACCAUCACCACCACCACCACCCGCCUCUCGCACGGCCACAGCGCCCUGGGUUCCAGCACCCUGCGCUCCUCCCAGCCGUCCCGCCCCUGCUACCUUCCCCGGCAGUUCAGUCAGCCGCAGCCUAUCCUGCAUCCGUCCCCCCAGCCCUCCCCUCAUCCGCUGAGACAGAGCCAGCUCGUCCUCCAAAGGCACCACCAGCUCCACCACCAACACAGCUAUCAGGGUCCGCUGCCGUCUUCCCUCCAGGAUCACAGCUCGUCCCAAUGUCAGACUCAAGGCCCUGCGGGCUCCCCGCUGCAAUCCAAGCCUCCAGCCUCCUACUCCACCCUCCCCAGUCAUACCAAAACCUACGAAACCCCAAAGCAGGAACAGCAGACACAACAGGCCCCUCCGCCCCCACCUCCACCUCUGCCCCCUCCCUGUGACCCGCCUCCGCUGCCCAAGUCAGGCAACCACGCCUCGGACACCAACCACAUGAGUGUAAAAAGGUUGCGCUGGGAACAGGUGGAGAACUCCGAGGGAACCAUAUGGGGUCAGCUUGGAGAGGACUCAGACUAUGACAAGCUCACUGACAUGGUGAAGUUCUUGGACCUCGAUCUUCACUUUGGGACUCAACGCCGAUCUAUCUCUCCUCCAGAGCCAGCCUUCUUGCCAGAGAACUUUAAAAAGAAAGACGUGGUGGAGAUUCUGUCUCAUAAGAAAGCCUACAACGCCUCCAUCCUCAUCGCCCACCUGAAGCUGUCCACCACCGAGCUGCGUCAGAUCCUGUUGAACAUGACGACCGACCGGCUGGAGCCCGCUCACAUCAAGCAGCUGCUGCUCUACGCCCCGGACGACGAAGAGGUCAAACAGUUUGAGCAGUUUGAACAGGACCCAGCCAAACUCAGCGAGCCCGACCAGUUCAUUUUCCAGAUGUUGACGGUGCCCGAGUAUAAAACCCGUCUGCGGAGCCUCCACUUCAAGACCACCCUGCAGGAGAGGACGGAGGAGAUGAAAGUUGCAUACGAUUACAUCUACAAGGCUUCGGUGGAGCUAAAGAGCAGCAAGAAACUGGCCAAAAUACUGGAGUUUGUACUUGCAAUGGGGAAUUACCUCAACAAUGGUCAGCCCAAGAGCCACAGGACAACCAGUUUUAAAAUCAACUUCCUAACCGAGUUGAGCACGACCAAAACAGUAGACGGGAAAUCCACGUUUCUGCACAUUCUGGCCAAGUCUCUGUGCGAACACUUCCCCGAGCUGCUCAACUUCUCCAGAGACCUGGUCACAGUGCCCCUGGCAGCCAAGGUGAACCAAAGGGCCAUCACAGCAGAGCUGAGUGAUCUGCACUCCACCAUCCUGGACAUCAGGAAGGCCUGUCUUAAGAUCCCGCCCACCUCCGAGGACCACUUUGCCUCCGUCAUGAGCAGCUUUUUGGAGAACAGCCACCCUGCAAUCCAGUCUCUGGAGUCCUUGCAGACCCGAGUCAUGGAGGAGUUCUCUAAGGUGGCCUCUUACUUUGGAGAGGACAGCAAGUCCGCCAACACAGAGUCCUUCUUCGGCAUCUUUGCUGAGUUCAUGUGCAAGUUUGAGAGAGCUCUCAGUGAGACCCAGACUCCAGAAAACCCCAGAAGCCCCAGACUCUCUUCCCCUCUGGCCUGGUAGAAGCAAGAAACGUGGGCGGACGUUGGGCUAAACAGACAGGCCGGUCGGCUCCAUUUUCACUCUGCUCUCCACAACCAAAGUGCCAAGAUCACACACAGAGACACUCGGACCAACGGGAACAGAGACCACGUCAUCUAUAGCAAACAGAAGGGAAAUGCACUGAAUCUAUUAGUCGAUAGUCACGGCUAGUGAGUGCCCCGUGUGGUACAUUACUGUAACUUCAGGUGCUGGUAGAGCUGUAUGUCCAGCUUUUUAGCACAAACAUGACACAGCAGAUAGUAAAAGAUACAUUUCGUUUCAAGUCACAAAAUCGACUGGUCUGGAUAUUUAGAUUACUUGACUAUAUGAAGUUUAUAUUUUCUAUCAGAUAACAUUUGAAAAUUGUAAAGAUUAAGCAUAGAUGUAGACAGACGGCAGUUAUCUAGAAGCAAGGGGAUUCACAAGUGUAGUUUAGUUAGCGUGUACAGAGCCAGACAGUUCAUACAGUAGUGUGCUCACUGCCUCCCAUACGGCAUGAUUUGAUUUAUAUAUAAAAAAAAAAAAAAGUAGAUAUGAGGUUUUUUUUCCAAACAUUGCUGGUCUGGACUUACAUAUGUGGUCAGCUAUCCUACUGUGAAUUUAAAGGGCAUCUAUUAUAGGAGUUAUGAUAAAACACAUGUUUUUUUAACUCCAUACACAGGGAGAUAAAGUCAUCCACAACCAGCUCUUGUUCACUUUUGUCCUUUGCAAAUUACAUUUCUAAAUUCUCUUUGAGGAUCAGUCAGUCAUUUCUGUGGUUAAUGCCGUUAGGAUUUAGACUCCGGUCAUCACAUCCCAACUGGACUCGAUCCUGAUCAUACAUAACCACUGCAAUCUGUCAAAUCAGAAAGCCUCUAAACAUCAGGUUUGAGUCAGCAUCAGCAUUGUAAUUUUUCUGCCUGCGAGGACUCUAAAUUUAUUCAAUGACACAUAUUUAUUUACAAAACAUAAUUUAGAACCCUUCACACUAACUACAUCAGCACAUGGUGAGAUGUGGCUUAGAAAUCAUCUGUGGGUGGAAUGCCUUGUUCCUGUCGGUACAGAGGCAGCUGAGCCGUUUGCUUCUGCUAAUAGUUCUGCAUUUUGUCAAGUGUCUCUCGAGUGUUGUGAACACGGCCCGGCUUCAGCAAGUGUGUGGCUGCUGAAUGAAUUAAUGUCAAAUGCAUGUAGGGA